CAAUGGGAAAACUCUAAUGUUUUGAACACGUUUAAAACAUUGCUUGCAGUCAGCAUUUAAAAUAAUUCGCACGUGACGUGAUGUUUAGAUUAUAAUAUUGGGCAAUCAUAAUCCGCAACAUAAAAUAAAAUCCUGUCAAAACACGGUAGCCGCGACGCCAACGACGCGACCAAUGCCUUGACGCGACAAUCUCGCCUGUCUUGUUCGGAAAGGGUUAGGCAGAAACCACAACGAAUGUAUUACUAGUGGGUGCGCGUACUCCGCACGGUCGGCUCCUUUUGUAAACGCGAGACAAAUUCGCGUUGCUGCGCUGAACUCUAUUAUCAUCGCUGACCUCGAUUCAAAUAGCCUUUGAGCGUUCAUAGCAGUCAAGCGACCGAGCGGAGACGAGAGAUGCGAAGCGCCUGCCGUAAAGAAGCGGCUCACCCCGCGAUCGCUAUCAAGGAUCCUGUCAAGGAAGCGUUAGUGAGCGAGUCUGGGAGUUGCGGAAGAUCUCCCGUCGUCGAUUUUUUCGUCUCUGCUUGGGAGAGACAGCCGAAAAUGGACUAUGACAUAAACGUCAUAAAGGAAGGAUACUCGUUGUUGAGCAACGAUGGACGCACCAUGGUAGCUAAUGGGACAUCCACCCUCGUACGUGGGCCUGGCUUUAACAUCAUUGUGGAUACACUGUCUGCUUGGGACAAGGACUUCCUUGUGGAAAGUCUCGCAAGGCUCGGUGUGUCCUGUGAUGAAAUCAACUAUGUGGUCUGCACCCAUGGUCAUUCGGACCAUGUCGGAAACCUAAAUCUGUUCCAGAGGGCCACCCACAUCAUUGGCACCACAGUGUCCAGUGGAGACGUGUACCAGCUGUGCACAUUUGAAAACGACGAACCUUAUAGGAUUGCAACUGAUGUCCAAAUCAUUCCCACACCAGGCCACACCUUGACUGAUGUCAGCGUCGUGGUGAAAACAGCAAAGCUGGGCACAGUGGCCAUAACAGGCGACCUGUUUGAGAAGGAGGAAGACAUCGACAACCCCAAGCUGUGGAAGGAGGUAGGUGGCAGCGAGGACCCGAAACAGCAGUGCAGGAGCCGCCAGAUGAUCCUAGACGUGGCUGAUUACAUAAUACCCGGCCAUGGGCCCAUGUUCAAGGUUACCGAGGAGAUGCGAGAGAAGCAUGCAAGCCUCUUGGAGUCUCACGACAUCGAGGACGGCAAUUGACGCCGCACCUAAUCUAGGAAGUUGUGUUGUUAAGCCCAUGUUCAGCUUUAGUUAAUAAUUAUUAUUGACACUGUCUGUGAUGAUGAAUGUAAAGUGGCAGGCAUCAACUUGUUCAUGUCACGACAGAAUAUGUGUGCCCCUCUUUCCUGUGAGUGAUUUCUGUGUCCAGGCUGAUUGCAGAAUGCGCUCUUACAGCAGUAUUAUUAGAAUAGUUUUGCAACAAAGUAUGACAGAUUUGUACACCUGACCGUAUACAUGUUAUAAAGAUCACAUUGAGAACCCUACAAGGGAAAUCAAUGGCACUCUCCAGGAUUUUUUAAAAUACUUCGGCAAAAUGUAAAACAAGUGAGAAAACUAGUUCCUGAACAACUAGCACCUGCCCACUUGCAUAUUGCCCCAAUUGCAGCAACGAAGUGUGUGUUGAAUUUAUAAACUAAGAUAACCAAGUACAGUAUACCUCAUUUUACAAACGUUUGUCUCCUUUAUAGUUUGCCUUUAACAAGGGCUUUGCAUGCACUGUAAUUCUAUUUUGUUUUGCAUGCGAAUGCCUGUGCUUUUCUGAGAUUUUGUUCUUGUGGUUAUUACUUUAAGUUCAAGUGUAAAAGAGUACCCCAGAAUGACUUGAAUGUUUUUCUCACACAAUGAUGCUCUAUAGUUCUUUUAUGCUGCAGUAUCCACCUGUGGAUUAAGACAUUUUGUGUCAACCUGGCAAGGUUUGAGCUUAAUAUAAUAUUGUUUCCUUGCCAAAAGUGAAUGUAACACUCUUCCGCCCGCCACACUUUACAAGUUCAUUUUUGCAUUUCGAAGAAGGCAAAAUUUUAGCUCAGAACAAUCCACCACAGUGUUGACUAAUGACUUCAUGAGAAAUUCUGCGCUGAACCAGGCGUAACUUUAUGUUAAAAUUCUGGCACUAAAUUAAGACAAGGAUAGAAAGGAGAGCACACGACACGAGUGCCAACAAUUGAACGUUUAUUUUUGAAAUCAACACGGGCACGAAAUUUUGAGAAGAGUGCAUACCUACUUGCUGUGUAUACCCUCUUGAGCAUAAUUUCAUCAAAAAGCUAAGAAUUCAAUUUCAUGCAUCUUAGUCUUAUUAAUUUAGGUCAAGCGACUAAAUAUCGGCAGAUUGUUGUUAAAGUAGCACGCCCAGUAAUGUAAUGUGAUCAAGUGCACACUAGGUGUUCCUUUUAAGCCAGAUAAGGAGAGUGCGCACCACUCGGCUUACUCCAUUUCGGUCUAGGCUUCCUGCGCGUCUUCCCUCUUCAUUUUCACGGCAUGUAACAUUAACUAGCUAGCGAUGCAUCCAACCUUCGCCUUUAGCUUGGAUUUCUACGAAAAGCAGUCCAUGGGAGCAAGAAAUGUUCUAAAUAACUGUUGUACCAUAUUUUGAGUUUUCGUUCUUUCAGUUUUCGUUUCGCUAUUCAAAUACAUAGGACUCUGCCAGGAUCAACAGAACUGUUAGAAUUGUCUGUGAAUUGAAAUUAAGACAUUUCAAAUUAUUGGGAUUUCCCUGUAUAUAGUAUCGGUGCUGUGGUAUCAUUCUCUGCCGCUAGAUGAUGCUACCACCUCAUCAGUGAUGUGAUUUCUUUGUUUGGUUCUGAUAAGGCAUAGGAAUAAAAUCCCUAAAAUUCCAGCUGACUACCAUCGUGUUAAUGUGCUUGGAAAAUGCAAAAGAAAAUGGUUAGCUGGGAGUUGAGAAAAUAACAGGCAGUCUUUUGAAUAAAACUGUAGGCUUCUGUCUACGAGUACAGGAAUAAUCUUAGCUCAGAUGUUCAGGAAUGACAGGCAUUGCCUAGCAUCUAGCAAGUUCUGUUUAUUAUAUUAAAAAAAAAGAUUGUUGUGCGGCCCCUUUAGGACUUUUUUUUAAACUUUCACAAAGAUAUGAACCUAACAAUAAUGAAAAAGCAGGUGUAAGAAAGCAAUUUCAUGCACCCUCCUCUGCUCAUUGUGAUAACUAAAUGAAAAUCGUCACACAUUUUAAAGCGUACCUAUAAGAUAUUGCGAGCAAUAAGUGAACAAUUCUGCUCGACGCUAUCGUGCACUUGCACAGGAGGGCUUAUGCUCACAAUAUAGUUGACAUUGCACUUAAAAAAUGUUUGUGUUUGCGAGGUUUUCGUGAUACAUGUACUGAUAUUGCAAACGUAAACUUUUGCUCAGAGGCUGCUUUAUACCUACACUAUUUGAAACUAGGCUUUUUAUGCAGUCCGAAAUUUCAAUACGAUUAGCUUUUGAUGGCUUUGCAUUUGAUAUUCGUUGAUGUUGCUACUGAGUGUAGUGCACUUGUGUAUGUCUUUUAAAAGCAUGACUAAAUGUCGACACAGUGGGCUUUGGGACAUUACAAGUUUUGCUUGUUGUUAUUGUACAAUCUGCAGUAUGUUUUCUGGGGAUGCAUCUGCUAUAGCCCCCCCCCCCCCCCCUCUUUCUUUUUCAUACAAUUGGUCUACGGUGGUCUGUGCUUGUGAUAAAUCAAGUUCUUGGUGCCAAGAGUAAGCAAAUUUAAGCCAAAAACAUUCUGCUCACAGAAGAGCAAGCUGCUGACAUUUCACUCAGUCUUUCAGUUACUGUGUGUUAUAAAUGAAUGUAGUUAAUGCUAAAAUGGGAAUACCAUAUAUGCAUAGCUCUUCUUGUGUGUGUGUCCAUAGGCAUGAUUAGAAUGCAACCACUCAAGUUAACAGUUAUUGCAAUUACAACCUGUCUUCCUUUGCCCAUAAAGUGCAUCAGCUUUGGUUCACGGUGAACUAAAGAGUUUGAUAGCCUGUCUUAUAUUGUCUGUGAAUACUUGACUUCAUGCCUUGAGAUGUUGAUUGGAUGGUUGGUCUUUUACCAGGGAAGGUGAAGCUGCUAGUUUGACACAAACCUAAAGCAAAAUCUGUUGCUAGUUUAGUUACGUAUCUAGUGAUAGAACUAUCUAGUGAUAGUGUUUGGCUUCGCCAUCUUGUGGCCAUGCUUUGGAACAGAUUUGAGGCUUAAAUGUUCCGAACAUUUUCUUGAGCCUGUGUUUAAAGUUAGUGUGUAUACUGCAUAAAGUUUAUCUUUAAUGUGCAUAACUUGGUAUUUAACAUAUAUAUCCUGGAGGACUUAUGGCUCACUAUGGCCAAUAACUCGCUUCAAGUUGGAAGCGAUUGCCUUUUUUUGCUAGCAGGCUACUAGAUCUCAUUUCAGAUCUCAUCACUUCAGGUCCCCUUCUCACCUUCUCUACUAGAAGGUGCCUUAUGUGGUUUUGUCAGAUUAAACAGAAGUACCUGGUUAGAGUUUCACUUUUCUACAUUCUGUAUAGUUUAUUUCUUAUAGUUUUUCUUUUGUGGCUAUUUAAGGGACAUUUAUACUAAUUGUGCACUAGCCUCUCUGUGCUGUUUGCACUUAAUGCCUUAGGUCUACUUUCAUGCUUUGUGUUAAUGUUCAUUAACACAUCACACAAGGAUUUCUCUUGUUCCAUUGUUUUGGAUGAAAGUAUAAGAGGUUGUUGCAGAACUCUAUUCCGCCUGUUUUUUUGGAUAUCUAUACUCUGUUUCACAUGUAACAGGCAAUGCUAUGAAGGCUGGAGAUAGUUAUUUAUUACGAUUUAUUUAUGUGGUACCCACAGGGUUUAUGCAGGCAUUACAGUUGGGGGAUAGACAGAUUUUUUUUGUGUUGCAGCACUGGUGCUUGAUUGUUCAGUACAGAGCUGCUUUUGCUUUGUCAUGUAUGUCAUUCUAACGGCAGGGAAACACUGCAAGCGUAAUUUGGCUGUGCUAGCCUGAAGGAGCACUAGCCUUUAAUGCUCUUCCAUAGUGGCCACUUCAGUUAGCGUUUAGGAGAUUUGGCUGGACAUUAAAGAGAAAAACCAAGUGUGCCUAAACAGAUGGUGUUCUUUCACAACUCCAUUUUUAUUCAUUUCCUUCACGGUAGGAGAUUGCUUACUGGAAGAAAAAUUAGCAUCUAACUUCCAUUCUUCCUUAUUUUACACUGAAACGUCAGCAGUAGUACAUUAGUGUCAUGUCAUAAAUUUAAAAGUAUUUUUUCAUAUUAAGCCUUUGUGGUCUGAUUCUUGCAUCACAAAUAAAUAAAUAAGUAAAAAUAAACGGUGUCGUGCAGUAAAAUUUGUCUAAACUUGCAAAGUUCAAUUCUUGGCUCCUGUCAAAUACAACGUAGUCCAUUUUUUACUGCUAAACAAUUAACUGGGCUUGAGCUUCCUACCUCAUAAUCCGUAGUUACGGUGGGCUGGUGCAAAAACUUCAAGGCAAUGUCGUCACCAGUCUUUUGCUUUUCUGGCUUACCAAGCCUCCUCUCGUGAUAAAAGUUGCUUCUUUGUAUUCUAGAAGGGUAGCUUGCUAAUACAGAUCAGCCUAUGUUUCUCUUUGGUGUUUUUACAACACAUAAAAAUCACUGUCAGAUGAUUUAUGUUUAUUGCAGGAUAAAGCUUUCUCACAGGGUUCUCCAAUUAUUUUUUUUUUUCUGAGCCAGCCAAACCCAACCCUCUAAAUUUGCUAGUCUUUUCACUUCAUCUAAUCCUUUGUCAACUGUAUUUUCUCUCCUUUGCCACUCAUUCUGUUAUCCUUGUAUAGCUAUCUGCUCUACACAGUACAUGUCCUGGCUAGUUUUUAUUUUUAAUCUCAAUUAGAACAUAGUAACAGAAUUUGCUCUGUAACUCGUACUGUUAUAUUGCUGUCUCUUAGUGUUAUGUCAAUUGUUGUGCCGUUGUUGUUCAUCACUCCUUGUGCUCUUCUGAGCUUCCUGGUUAUGAAUUGGGGAUCCUACACCGUACUCUCUCCAGUCAGUAAGGCCUCUGUAGCAGAACACGACCAUUACCUAGUACAGUGUAUGCCUUACCACUCCUCCUAACCUCACUUAGCCCUAUGACAUCCCAAGCAAUGCCUAGAAAUGCUUCAGUCUUGAUAGGUUUGUUUCACUCUCUAGGGUUGCAUGACAUGUUGCCAAGUUCAGUUUGCAAUGGCAACUUGUCCAGGUGCAAAGAUUCUUGGAUCCCUCUGCUACGUAGCAGGUCCGACUGCCACCUUGAUCUGGGGCUCGUGCUGUGCAGGCACUCAGGUCAGACAUUAAGUGUGAGGUCAUGUUGUAGGUAGUGGCCAGUUACUCUGCCGGGGUAGCCUGUCCUCUUUGGCAAGGGGGUGUCUUUUGUAGUUCAGUGGGCCUUUUGAAGUAUAGCCUUACUGACCCUCCACAGUCCUUUUGCUGGAUCUAAUGCCAUGAAUUGAAGUACAAGCAAGUCAGUGAACAAGUGUACGACUUAGUAUUUUCUGCAUGUGGAUAUUAAAGAGGCACAUCACGUUUAGCAGUCAGUCGGGGUUAUUAUAAUAUUGGCAUUAGCUUCAUAAGUACUGCACACUGCAGUGAGCCAGUGAGGUAAACAUGGAAAGAAAUUUUCGGCAGACUUGUGAGCAGCACAGUGCCUUCCCUAAACUUGAAAGUACAGUCACGUGCAAUAUAGGCUGCAACACGGUGCCCGUGUGUGUUCAAAAGGGCCACAAGGCAGUGCUGACAUGAAUAAUUGCAGAACUAAACACCUUUACAGUUACUAGGAUUUAUUACACCAAUUUUUAGUUUAUCAAUGCCGCUGUGCAGUCUUGGGGCCCUUUAGAACACACGCACCAUGUUGGCACUUAUAUUGUACACGACUGUGCAUGUAAGUGACAAAAGGAUUAUGGCAGAACUGAGCCAAGACUCAGAUGUGCAUGAAGCAGAAUCGCAUGUUAAUGUUUUACAUCGCCAUCUGACUUGCGGUGGGGGCCGCUUGUAUGAAUGUGUUGGGGUCUGCUUUCCACUGUCUGGUGGCGCAACUUAAGAGAGCUGAUGAGCACUUGUGAGUGAAAGUCCUUACUUAGCAAUACGUUCCAGGCCCUGCCUUGUCUGGUUUUGUAACACCUUGGUGCUGUUCGUUCUUCAGUAGUAACAAGCAGAGUGUGCACCAUGUGAUUCCUUGUGGAGUCUGAAUUUCUUGCAGUCUGUUGCGGGCACUGCAUUUUUGGGAAACUGGCACAAAUGGGCUUGUCGCAUGUGCUCACUCGCUGACCACAUUGCAGUCUACCCGACUUGUUGUAGUGCUGUUGUAAGCACUAAUUUCUCAUGUGUCUCUGCCAAGCACGUUCCCUUCUACAGGCUAGUCAAGGAUAUAUUCAUGUAACAAAAAUUGGUUGCCUCUGUAUAUAUAUGACACUGUAAUUUAUCAGAAAAUUGGACCCCUCUGUGACACUUAUACAUCAAGUUGCAGUGACUUAGGGGGUCUAGGUGUGUAUGCAUUUUGAUAGUUCAAAUUUAGCAAAUGGCUCUUGUGCUUGCUGUUAUUGCAAGUACUGCGCUGCAUUUUACCUUAGCUAGAGGAAGAUUGCUUUAAGCAUCCUUUUUGAGGCUUGUGACAUGCUUGUUUAUAUAGUGCAUUCUACAAAGGAUUUUUCAGGAUUGUACCAAGAUAUUUGCAAGUAUUUUUGCAUUUUUCUAGCAUUUUGUAAGUGCGUUUUGCAAGAAAAGAAAGUAUACGCAAGACAUGCUCACUGAAAUGAUGCUGCGUCUCAUCUUUGAGUCAUUAUUUGUGAACCAUUGUAACUACAAUUGUGUACUCUGAAUAAAAAUAUAUUAAUUCUCGGCAA